UUAAGUAUCCCGUGCGUGUGAACCCCGCAUUCUGUCUCUACACGGGGAUUGAAAUGUCGCAGAAAGGGGGACAACAUGGCGGCGCCCAUUACCGUACACAUGCUGAGAGCAGCAGACCGAAGCCUGGAUUGAACCCCAACCUUUCAGUGUCUUCUAAUUCCACACAGAAAGCAUUUCAGGACUGUUUAGUUGCAGCAACCGAUAGCCAAUUACCAAACGGAAACACUACUGUAGAUGCUUUCCAAGAUGGCGACAGAGGUACAGAGUCGUAUAGUAUAGAAGUAGUCGGAGAGCAACACAACAAUAGAACUGGUAGGUCUCCAUCAGUGUUCUCUGUAUCAAAUUCUGUCCUUCAUAGAGCAACCAAACGGCAGAAGCGACGGUCUGUCGGCAAUACAGCAGUACAAUCAUUACGAGACAAUAACAUUCGCAGUAACAGGAUUGUAACAACACCGAAGCAGAACAGAAAGAAGCUUGAACAAGUCAAUAACAAAAGCAAUCUGAUUGAUCCUAAUUGUGAAAGUUCCGACAUCAGCAAUAAUUCUAUAAUAGUCAUAGAGCGCUUAAAUUACCUCUCAUCUGAACCUUCAUCCUCCGACGAUGAUGACGAAGAAGAAGUGGCUGAUGGAGACGACGAGGCAGACCACGAAAUCGAUGAUUUACAUAGCUAUGGUGAACAUUCUGUGGCUGGAAGUAACGGUGAGUGGCUCAAGUCACGAAUUCGGAACUUGAAUUCUGUAGUGGAUUUUAAUUUGGACCAAUCUCACACUGAUGAUCAGGAAGUGGUGGAUUCCUUAGAGUUGGGCUCCACUAGUAAAACGGCUAAAGACAUUGUUGUUGAUGAAUAUUUCGCCGAUGAACAUCUUACCGUCAGUCUAGAGCCUGGGAGCGUCAUGCCACCUCUGACAGGUGCCGAACAUGUGCUUGUACCUCCCACAACAGAGUCCAUAGCUUUAUACAACAGCAAUAACAAACAUGCUACAGACACGGAAGACAUUGUAACAACUUCGGUAACGAGCCCGAAUAGAUCUCGCGCUGCUAAAAUUUCCGUGACAGUCGUUGAUAUCGAAACCGGUUCUACUUCUCGACUGUCACAGAUCACUCCUCCACCGGAUUCCUCUUCAACAUCUACAAACACUCCAUCUGCAACAACUACUAAUGUGUUUUUAGUAGAUAAUUCGGAGGAGCCUUGCUCGUCGUCUUUCCCCAGUCUUUCAUCUAGUAGUUAUUCUACAACAACUAUUUCAAAUUCGUCAUCAUUAGAAGCAUCUCUGCUGGAAUUCAGACGGGUCGGAACUGACAAAAGCAAUACUCUUAUGACACCUCAAGAACUAGAGAGUAUGCCGGACCAAGGUAUAGAAUUCGAAGAAUCUGUUGGUCCGAAACAGGAAGUCAUUAGUCCAUCUUCUUUGACCACGUGUAGUACUACAUCACCAUCAUCUUCAUUGUCAUUAUCUGAUUCACUGUCAGUCCUGUCAGAUUCUCCUCAAUCCCAUCAGAAAUUGUCAACUAGUUCCUCUUUGCUAGAGUCACCGUCGCGAACCACCACCCCAACACCUAACAAUAACAACACCAACAGUACCACUACCGAUCGUUCUUCAGACCUCGAUAUCAAACCUAUAUUUAUCGAUUCCUCCAGUACCAGCACUACCACUGCUGGUCUGGAUAGUAGUAUCAUCAAUGCUGGUAACUUUACACUGGCUACUAUCUCAAUAUCAACUGACCGAGCCUCCAACUCCACUCAGAUAUUGGUUAACACUAAUCAGGGACAACAGUUAUAUCAUAUAAACACUGCAGACCUCACUCAGCCUCUAUCGGCCACUCUUUCUUCCUCGGCUACGACUGCCACUAGAACCACAUCUGCUUCGGCUCUGUUGUCAACUUCCUCACAAACAAACGGUCCUUCGGCACAAACAGGUUAUCUAUUAUUACCAGUUAACCCAGCUGAGAAUGGAAACAGUUUUUUAAUGACAGUACCAAUGACCAAUGGAAAUGUCAAACAGCAGCCCAGUAAAGUUGAAUGGUCAAGUGUUGUGAAAGAAGAAAGUGUUGUGAAGGAAGAAAGUGAUGAUGAUACUGGCAGUAAAUCCGAUUCUCCAUCAGAGAACACUCCUGUAAAGAAACUAUGGUCAUGCCAACAAGCUGGAUGUGAACAGGUUUUCAAGAAGUUAUCAAAAUUAAAGAUACAUUUGAUGAGACAUACUGGAGAACGACCAUUCCGGUGUAACCAGCUUGGCUGUGACUGGGCUUUCACCACAGCAUACAAACUGAAGAGACAUGUUGAGUCACAUCAGGGAAGAAAAGACUACAUUUGUGACAUUGAUGGUUGUGGUAGAAAGUUUACAACAAUCUACAACUUAAAUUCUCACAAGAAACUCCAUGAACGUCCAUGUAAUGAAGUUUGCCCCAAACCCAACUGUAACCAGAGGUACCCAACAAAACGGCAACUUGAUUUACAUUUAAAGAAUCAUGCUGAUGUGGAGAAAACUUAUAAAUGUCCUGUUGAUGGCUGUAACAAAGUUUUCCUUUCUCCUAACUGCAUGGGAUCUCAUGCCCGUGUUCAUCAACAGGACCGAGAUGACCUGGUCUGCAAGUAUGAUGGCUGUGGUAAAGUUUUCAAUAAAGUCUGUCGUCUUAAACAACACAUGCGCUGUCACACUGGCGAGAAACCAUAUCAGUGUCGUGUUGAUGGUUGUUCUUGGGCCUUUGCAACAGCCAGUAAAUUAAAACGCCACAUGAGCAAACAUACUGGUGUUCGAAAAUGGCUGUGCAAUGCAUGUGGCAAAGCAUUCUUGCGAGCUGAACAUCUGAAAGGUCAUUUAGUAACUCACAGUGGAACAAAACCAUUCCAGUGUCCAGUAGAUGGUUGCAAGACUCGUUUCACUGCUAAAAGUAGUUUGUACAUACACUUGAAGAAACAUGACCAUUCUGGAAAGAAGAUUACCUACCAUUGUCCUAUGGAAGGCUGUGAGAAGAAAUAUUCUACCAAAGUCAGUCUGCGCAAUCACAUUAUGAAACAUUACAACAACAGCACCAUUUCUGCUUCUGACAGUCCUCACUUGGAUUUAGUGCCCCUCCUUGGCUCAGAUGAUAUUUCCGAUGGUGGUCUCGAGUCUCUUGGGCAGCAUUCUCAGUCUGAGAAUCAAGCAACACCUGUAUCAGGAGUAAACCUCACCAAUUCUUUAUCUAAUUCCAUCCUUGGUUCUACUGAUCCAGUAUUAGUUGGUCCUUCAGAUUAUAUGUCUACAGACUCUGAGAAAUUGUUAUCGGUAGCAGUAAAUUCUGCUUCUUUGUUCAGUUCCUCUGACAAUCUCCCUCCUCAUGGCAUUACAUUACGAGAUCCAGAAACAGGUGUGACAUAUGUUCAAACACAACUACUACAGGAUGAUCCACCAAAUCCAGAGAUGUAUCCCGGAGAUGGUAGUCUUGUCACUGAUCUGGCUUUGCAUGAUGCAAGUUCAAGCACAGCAGCUGAUUCAGCUUCUGAACAUGGUGCAUCAUCAACAGAAUUUACUGGAACUACCAUCAAUCUACAAGACCUAGAAUGAUGACCAGCGUCCACACAUCCGAUUCGUUAGGUGUAAAUUUUGCUACAAUUCCAUUCCAGAUGUUAACUCAAAGAGACAGUGAGUUGCAAACACAAAAAAAAAUACCUCCAACACAAGACUUCUAUUUAUUUCUUGUGUUCUUUCAGUCCUGGCUAUGUUGACUAAAUAUCGUCACAGAUUUUAAUGGUUUUUCCUCUGAAUAAUUAACAAUUCUUUUUUCUUCAGUUGGGUAUGAAGAGAAUUGGGUAUUUACAGUGAUAUAUUUCUUGGGAGGAAAAACGCAAAAAAAAAAAACCUGUUUAGCCACUGAAAACUUCAUUGCUAUUCUUGUGGUUUUGUUAAAGCUGUUGAACUAAAGACUGGCAUGUCAGGACUCUGGCACUGUAAUCUUUAUACAGAAAGCUGCAAAAUAUAUUUUUAUAAUGGAAACUGUAUGAACGUUUGUAGGGGGUUUGGGUGGGAAUUUUCCACCUCCUGUUUGCCUGCUUGAUGUGACACGACGUAAAAGUCAUUUAGAUAAAUGCCUAUCGCUGCGUGUUUGAGUAGCAUUUGUCACAGUUGGUACAGCACUGGCACAACUGCCAAAGGAUCAAUGACUAGUAUCCAAUCACUGGUGCUGUACUAUUUCUGUGGCAAAGACACUUGACUCUCAAAGGUCCAGUUCAACUUGCUUUAAAUAGUUUCCAUGGGAAGGUAGCUCUCACUCUAUUAAGCCGUGGAGUCAGGAGCACUGUAUAAUCAAUGGGUGUUUUACUUAUAUAAGGCAAGGUUUACUAUAAUCUGUUUGCCUAUCUCAGGAGACAGAGAAAAGACAACUAUCUCUGAACUGCUUAACACCUUAAAAACAGGGAUAAGCACCAACACAUCACAAUACCUGAUAAGCAAUAGUUUAUGAUAUUGUGGGAUCUGCCAAUGUUUUAACCAUGAGAUAGAGCUAGUGUUCUUUUGCUACAUUCAACUAUAAAUUCUAAUAGCUAUAUCACUCUGGUUUCUGCAUUGUAUCAUGUGGCAAGGCUCACAUAUUCAUGUUCUGUAUUGCAUCAUAGGUUCGGAUACAUGCAUCUGUAUUACCAUGUGUAUUGUGACGUGUGGCCAAUUUACACAUGCCUAUAUUCUGUGAAUUGUGUCAUGUAGCAAGAUACAAACUUCACUUAAUUGAAAAAUUAAUUUGGCAAACUGGUCAAUCAUGUUAAGUGAAAUUACUUUAUCUUCCUAAGACUUUAUACCUUGCCUACAAGCGACAGUGUUUGGAUAAAUAUUCCACACAGCUUACACUUUGAUUCUAAAAUUCUCUCCCGGUGUUGGCAUUGCAUUGACAAGAUGCCUAAUUUAAGAAAUUACUAUAUUUUUAUUUGUUCCUCUUUGUUCUGUGUUUAUUUAUUUUAAUAUUAUUUCUGGGGUUUCUUUUUUUUCCACUGUAUUUUGUUCCUUACAUGCCUCUCUACUUUUCUGUGGCUUUUAAACAUGUUUUCCAUAAACCGUGCUCCAAAACAUAUUUCCAUGUGUCUCCUCUGAUCUUGGACAGUUUACUUUUUGUGGACCUCAGUUCAUCUUACUGCAAGGAGAUAUCUACCAGGUCCUCUGAGAGUGUUUGUCUAAAAUAGACUGGUUUCCUAUCCAGUUGAAGGUUUUAUUUAUCAUCUUCGUUAACACCAUUGAACCAGAGGUAUGCCCCAGCAUAAUAUGCUCUCUGUGAGACAAUUACACAUUCAUUGUCACCCAUUGUUUCUUGCAGUUUUCUCCUGUACCACUUGCUAAAUUAUUUAUUUUGAGAUGGUGUCUUUUUAUUAUUAUUAUUAUAAUAUAUUUUGUACUGCCUGAUCUUAUCUUAAAGAGCGUGUUGACUUCAGCAGUACAGCUAUUGUAUUAAUGCUUAUUGUUUUGGUUUUGAUGUUUUUGUUCUGUACUGGUAGACCUGUGAAGAGACUCUCUCUGUAAAUUUCCCCAUCAUUUCCAACAGUCCAGUUGUUAUUGUUGUUGUUUAAACCCAGGCCAGUCCUGAUCCAGUAGACUUGUGAUGAAAGGCCCUUACAGUUGUGACCAGCCUGUUAUUUAUUCAGAUAUGUAUGAGAUUACAUUAUCCAAUGUAACCCCCUUUUUUUUUUUUUUCUUCAAGAUUGUGGGAUGUGAUUUGAGAAGGGAUUUCAGCUGCUAUUACUAGCACAUUAAGCAACCCUAAAGAGGCUCUGUCAUUGGUAGCACAUGAUUGAAACUGAUAACACAAUGAAAACUUUUGUAUAAAUCAAAGUUGGUUGGAUUCACAUCAAAGAAAGGGGUAUUAAAUAUUUAUCAUAGUUGGUUAUUUAGUGGAAUUGGUAGAGCAGCUAUGUCUCGUAAAAAAUUAACAUUCACAUCUGGUCAAACUCAAAUUUUACUAUUUGUCUUCUUGGAUAAUGUUAGUGGAUAAAAACAAGUAGCAAUCAAGUACCUGUAUUGAUACAAUCAACUGUACUUCCGCUCUCUACUCUCCGUAUUACGAAAGCUAUGCCAUGGCAGGAUCUGUAAAGUACAAGACAAAACGCCCUGUAGUAUUUUAAUUAUGUCCCUUUAUGUUUUUCAUCCCGUACUCGCAGAGGCUGGCUUUUCCUUUCAUCCUUCUAGGUGGGUUCAGUAAAAAUAAGUAUACCAAUCUACUAUACUUCCUUCCACAAAAGUUGUGGCCUUGUGCCUGUUACAAAUUGUCGUUGUCAUCAUUACUAGUUUUAGUUACGUCCCUUUGCAUUCUGAUUGUCACGCCUUGCUUAUGUUUUUUGACUUUCAUCCUUCUGCAGUGAUAAAAUAAGUACCAAAAAACUGCUGGAGUUAGUGCCAUCAACUAAGCUCUUUCCACAAAAUUUGUGGCCUAGUGCCUAUAUCAGAAAUUAUUAUAAUAUAUAAAUUACACAUAAUGACUUUCCUCCCUCUUUUUCUAACUUGGAUUUCUCUCACCCUUUUCUUGCCAAGACAUCUCUUUAACUGCAGCCACAUUGCCUAAAAUAUUUUCUCUACCAUUCCUUUACACUGACUAUUGGUCCAAUGUAAAAGCUAGCUUGGAAUAAUCUCAGUAAUAUUGUCACCAAUAUAUAUAUAUAAAGGCCAAAUUAGACUGGAGCCUGGUGUUGCCAUCCGGUUUCACCAGUCCUCAGUCAAAUCGUCCAACCCAUGCUAGCAUGGAAAGCGGACGUUAAACGAUGAUGAUGAUGAUGAUGAUGAAAGGUGGUGCUCCUACAUGGCCGCAGUCAAAUGACUGAAACAGGUAAAAGAAUAUAAAAUAUCAAACUGAGGAAAGGAGUUCCUUCAAAGGGGUCUGUUAAACAUCCAAUUCACUGGUACGUCAGUUGAAUACCAUAUAAAUAUAUUGGUGACACUAUAUAACUGGCACUGCAUCACUUACUACGACGACGUUUCCAGCUGAUCUGAUCAACGGAACAGCCUGCUCAUGAAAUUAAUGUGGAAAUGGCUGAACACUCCACAAACAUGUGUACCCUUAAGUUUCUCAGGGAGAUUCAGCAUGACACACAAUGUGAAAAGGCUGACCCUUUGAAGUACAGGUACAACUUAUUUUUGCCAUCUGAGUGGACUGUAGCAAUGUGAAAUAAGUGUCUUGCUCAAGGACACAACAUGACUUUAUGAUUAUGGGCCAAAUACCCUAACCACUAAGACCUGCACUUUCAUCACAAUAUAUAUAUAUAUAUAUAUAUGUAUACGCACACACAUGAGUAGACAAUGAGCAAAAUUACUCUGCUAGUAUUUUAUGUUUCUUUAGACCAUUAGAUGAAAUUUUCAAUGCCCUCACAAAUUACUUAACAGUUGAUAAGACAUUCCUUGACAUACAUGUGUGUGUCUCAUCACUUUAACACCCAUUUUUCCAUGCUUGCAUGGAUCAGGCAGUAUUGAUGGAGGCUGGUUUUUUUAUGGCCUACGGUGAUAUUUCCCCGUGGCUGGACAUGUUUCCCAGAGAUGAUUAACAAUAUGAGUGACAUUGUGUGUCUGUUGGUGAUGCUUGUUUAUGACUGUUGCUUGACAUGACAUGAUAUAAAUACACCCGCCCAUGUGUGUGUGUGUGUGUGUAUAUAAAGAUGACCCAUCAAGUCAAGUGAAAUUGUAGUUGUGGCCGAUUGCGGUGUCAUGUCAAUGGCACCUGUGCCAAUACCACAUAAACAGCACCUAUUACAGUCUUGGAUUGGUCAGCAUUAGGAAGGGCAUCCAGCCGUAGAAACCAUGCCAAAUCAGACUGGAACCUGGGGUAGCCCUCCAGCUUACCAAUUUCAGUCAAACUGUCUAACCCAUGCCAGCAUGGAAAGCAGACA